AUGGAUAUGAUCAGUCAGCUGUCAGAUGAAUUGAUCAUCCGAAUAAUGUCACGUCUCUGGACGAAACAUGUCAUGGCCACAUAUUGUUUUUCUAAAAGAUGGCUGCUUCUAAGGAGUUUAGUUCCAAAACUUUAUUAUGAUGAUUGCGGGUUCCGUGAUGAAAACUAUGCGAACUUCACGCAGUUUGUUUACAGGUCUUUGAUGUCAAAUAAGGCACCGGUUCUAGAGACCUUGUAUCUCAGUCUAGGUCCCAAGUCUCAAGCAAUAGAUGUUGGGAAUUGGAUUGAAACUGCAGUUGUUUGUCACCACGUGCAAGUGAUUUCGGUUAAUAUCCGUUCUUCUGAUGAGAAAGGGACCAUGAUCAGCUUGCCGAGUAGCAUGUAUACAAGCCAAACACUAGAAACCUUGGACCUCAAUAAUCGCUUGCGUUUGGAUGUUCCUUUUUCUGUUCGUCUCCCGUCUCUGAAAAAUUUGAAACUUGCAGACGUGGAUUACGCAGACAACAAGGUGUCGUCUCUUACAAGGCUUUUAUCCGGUUGUCCUAAUCUUGACUCUCUUUUUUUGGUCCAUGAUAACCUGGACGUGGCUCUCAUGGUGCCUUCUCUUCGGAGAUUGAGAAUGUAUAAUAACGGAAGAUACCAAAAGGGUGGCGGGUUUGUGAUAGAUGCUCCGUCUCUCGUGUCCCUAUAUAUUCGAGAUUAUGUCCUUUACGAUUUCCAUCGAAUUGAGCAUAUGCCUAACUUAGAACAUGCACAUGUUGACAUAACUUGUGCAGUACGUAACCACAAGUUUCUGAAAGCUUUUACUUGUGCCCGCUCGCUUACUCUAUGUUUAUCCUUUUUAGAGGUUCUAUCUCCUGGUGGCAUGAUCUUCUACAAUCUCGUUGAUCUGAAACUGAACACAUGUGCUCAAGGUUGGUGGGAUCUUGUCACUCGUAUGCUCGAAGAUUCUCCUAAUCUAAGAUUUCUCAAACUCCAUGAUGAACAUUUGCUUCAUGAGUUUACUAGUAUAGAAACUCCGGAUAGCUGGAAGCGACCAAGUUCUGUUCCCAAGUGCUUGUUGCACAGUUUUGAAACUUUCGAGUGGGAAGGUUACAAAGGGAGACGAGGAGAUGUAGACAUGGCCACAUACAUUAUCACGAACGCUACUCGUUUGAAGAAAUCAAAUUUCUGGUCACAACCCCAUGAUGAUUCGGAGGGAGGAGUCAUGGCACCAGAGUUUGAUAAGAAGAAGCUGAAUGAAGUGUAA